GUCGUCGUCUUCGAUAACCGUAAUCGGAACAAGACGAACACCGAAUUCGGAUGGACCAUUAAAUUAUAAUUAAUAACAAUAAUUAACAAAAUAAUAACUGUAGCAAUAAAAAUGGUUACAUUUCCACGUCCCUCGACAUAGCGACAACGUCAUUGUCGUCGGUGGGACCGUUGUGACCCGCAUCCCGUGAAACAGUUACCGCCUACACUAAAGUCCACCACCACCCACGGAUACAAAAAAGCCAGAAAUGGGCAACGCUGACACCAAACUGGUAUUCCGAAAAGCCGUUGUUCAGCUGACGUCCAAGACCCAGACCAUCAGCGCUGAGGACAACGAUUUCUGGGAUCAGUUCUGGUCGGAGACCGUCACUAACGUACAGGAUGUGUUUACUCUUGUGCCGGCUGCCGAGAUCCGGCUACUCAGGGAGGAUGUACCAGCUAACUUGGCCACGUUGUGCUACAAAGCAGUUGAGAAGUUUGUCAAGGCUGUGGAAAACAGCUGUCGGACACAACAAGAUCAAAAUACAGUCUUGAACUGCUCGCGACUAUUGACCAGAGUGCUCCCAUAUGUCUUUGAGGAACCAGACUGGGAAAACAUAUUCUGGUCCAGCUUGCCGGCCGGCAAAGGCGAUCCGCCCAUACCAUUGGCACAUUCAUUGUGUAGUGCUAUAUGUGAUUUAUUGUUUUGCCCAGAUUUUACAGUCGCAUCCAAUCGUAAAAAUGGUCCGGAUAAAGCGGAAGACUUACAUGCUGUAGAUAGCUGUGAAUACAUUUGGGAGAAAGGAGUGGGUUUUGCACAAUCUCCUAUAAAAAAUGCGACUUUUGAAUCGAAUCGCACCGAACUACUGCGUUUACUGUUGACGUGUUUCAGUCAAGCUAUUUAUUCACCGAAUCAAAAUGGUAAUAGAUGGGUACAGUAUGUAACCUCAGCCGAAAAUCGCCAUGCAUUGCCUAUGCUUACAUCUCUUUUGAACACUGUGUGUGGUUACGAUCCUAUUGGCAUGGGUGUUCCAUACAAUCAUCUUCUAUUUGCUGACACUUCUGAACCAUUAGUUGAUAUGUGUCUACAAAUCAUUAUUGUCGCUCUAGAUUCUGAUGUGCAACAGAAUGAUGAAGCAGCCAUAGACAAUUUGUUUAUUAAUUAUUUAUCAAGAGUCCAUCGAGAUGAAGACUUUUCAUUUAUUUUGAGUGGAUUUACAAGGUUGUUAAUGAACCCCCUACGACAGACUUAUCUUCCACAUUCUACCAAAAAAGUGCAAUUCCAUCAAGAGCUGUUGAUAUUCUUUUGGAAAAUAUGUGAAUUUAAUAAAAAAUUUCUAUAUUUUGUACUCAAAAGUAGUGAUGUCCUUGAUGUUUUAGUACCAAUUUUAUACCAUUUAAAUGAUUCCAGAGCAGAUCAAUCUCGAAUUGGCCUUAUGCACAUUGGGGUAUUUAUUUUGUUAUUACUUAGUGGUGAGAGGAAUUUUGGAGUACGUCUUAACAAGCCAUACACUACAACAAUACCCAUGGACAUACCAGUGUUCAGUGGUACACAUGCAGAUCUUCUUAUUAUAGUUUUUCAUAAGAUAAUCACAACAGGACAUAAUAGAAUGCAACCUCUCUUUGACUGUCUCCUAACAAUCCUAGUGAAUGUGUCUCCGUAUUUAAAAACUCUGUCCAUGGUAUCGAGUACAAAGCUUUUGCAUUUAGUGGAUGCAUUUACAACUCCUUGGUUUUUAUUUUCAUCGCCGUCUGCCAACCAUCUUGCUUUUUUCUUAUUGGAGAUUUUCAAUAAUAUCAUACAAUAUCAAUUUGAUGGUAAUUCAAAUUUAGUAUAUACAAUUAUACGUAAGAGACAAGUUUUUCAUAGUUUAGCAAACUUGCCAACUGAUUACAGUACUAUUAUCAAAUCUCUAACUAAAAAGGCAAAGAGAAAUAUGCAAGCCACUAGCUCUGUUAGUCUAACAGCUGCUACUGAAACACCAAGUAUGGAGGGAUCUACACCUGCAUUGCCCGCAGAGCCUGGAACUCUUAAUGCCACACUUCCAGAUACUCCUGGCGUAAUGAAAAUAACAGAACGUGAAAGUGCUCAUCCGGGAAAUUUAACAUUACCCGCUGAACUGGUUACCUCUAAUGGCAUGACAAAGGAAUUUAUGAAACAAUCUUCUAACCAAGGAGAUUGCUCUCCAACAACAUCGUCGCCUAAGAAUGAUGCUGAAUGGGCUCCGACCACAGAAUGGGUACGAUCUUGGAAGGAAAAGCUGCCAUUGCAAACAAUUAUGAGGUUACUGCAAGUACUAGUGCCUCAAGUGGAGAAAAUAUGCAUAGACAAAGGUUUGACGGAUGAAAGUGAAAUACUAAAGUUCUUGCAACAUGGUACAUUAGUAGGACUGUUACCAGUUCCUCAUCCAAUACUCAUAAGGAAGUAUCAGUCAAAUCCAGGAACAACUGCUUGGUUUCGAACUUAUAUGUGGGCUGUUAUAUUUCUUAGAAACAUUGAUCCUCCUAUUUGGUAUGAUACCGAAGUGAAACUUUUUGAAAUACAACGCAUGUAGGAUUUUUAUGUUUGUUGUUUGUUUUGAUUUUGGAGAAGACAAUUUUUAUGAGAACAAUUCUUUAAUGCAUUAUGCAUUUUAUGUUUUUUUAAUGUGUGAACUUUUUUCCUUUUUGGAUUUUAUUGAGUUCUUUGGUAUUAUUGAAUGUGAGCAUCUUAAAGUGAUUCGUGUCCAUUGAAAAAAUAGAUUUCAGUUCUAUGUUUCUAUGUACAGUAAAACCUCGCUAAGACAUAAUUGCUUGGGACUGUCCAAUUAUUCGAUCUUAAGGGGCCUGCAUCUCUUUAUUGCUCAAAAACAUGCCUUACAGGAAAAACUCUCAUGCCACAUAAAGUGAUCUGAUUUCAAUAAUUUUUUUUUUUUUUUUAUGAAAGAAAUAUUUCUAUCAAGGCGCAUUGGACUUGGAUUUUCAAAAUUCUAUUUCUAAAUCAUAAAAUACAAUUUUGAACAUGACCAAUUUUCACAAUAUUUUGUUAUUCUCAUUAUGUUUGUUUUAAGCAACGAAAAUAAAAUUUAAAGUUCAAUGCGCCCUGUAGAAAAUCUCUUUCUAACGAAAAAAUAAUGAAUCAAAUCAGAUCACUCUACGAUGUGUGAGAGUUUUUCCUGUAAAGCGUUUUGAGCAAAAAAUCAGACAUUUUAUUUUUGGUCGGAGGUGCUGUUGACAUGUGCGCAUGCAGUGUAUGCGUAGAUAGCCCCCACACAAUUACACUCACACUAAUCAUUAUUGACUAACACAAAUGCCAUGGGCGGCGGCAACAAAAUUGCAUAUUGCCAAAUAUUGCCCCUUAUUAAAGACACACGAGCAGGCCCCUUAACAGUUUCUGAACUUGACGGGGUUCACAUUCAUUAUGUAUCUUAAUCGGGAACAAAGAAAUUGUUUAUGUUACCGGAGUUUCUGUCUUACCGAAGUUUUACUGUAUAUACAUUAUACAUCCCUAAUUUGUAAAUCUGAACAAUGGCAAAUUGAAUAAUAUAUUAAUAUUCUCAAUGAAUUUAUAUUUUUCUAAUACAGCUUAGGACAGAAAAUAUAUACUUACUAUAUAUCUAUAGCCGUGAUAGAAACCAAUAGAAACUUCAUCCCCAAAAUAACAACAUGAAAUUGUGUAUUUGUGUUAUUAAAAAGUUUUGUGUAAUAAAAAAAUUAUCAGCUACUAUUUUUAA